AUAGUAUUGAUACUGGAUUCUUAAUAUGCAUUAUCCUUAUCCAAAAACACAAUUUGCGCGCCACAUGUAAAUAUAAUACAAAACAGUUUUUAAAAAUACAAAACAGUUGAAUCCUGAAGCGUGAAAUAUGAACAGUCCACUAAAUAAAAGAGAAAUAAAAGAAAGUCAAAACCACCAAAAGUUUCUGAUCUUACGGUUAAUUCUUAUCUGUGAUUUAACGUAAUUAAAAAGUCUUAAAAUCCCAAGGUUUAUUCCUCCAACUAAGUCCCGAUAUUUGCUGUAACCAUAUGGAAUGGAACUAGUUGUCAAACAAAGUUUUUAUUUAAAAAAGAAACAACUCGCAACAAGAAUUGGUUUAAUUUACAAUAAUCAAAUUAAUAUGUACCUAGGACUUAUCGUUUCUUCUCUCUACCAUCCAUGAUUCCGUUUUACAGUUACUGUAAGUCUGCAAAGAUUAAAAAAUGUUUUAAGUAAUCAAAAUAAUUGCACGAUCUCCCAUUUGUUUUUAUUCUACGUUUUCUAUUUUCCAUAUUUGUUUACCUUUGUUUUGUUCUUCUCUUUCGUUUGUGGUUCUCACGCUCUUAUGAUAAUUAAUUCAACAAUGAAACUACAAUGUUUGUCCAGCGCCGGCACUGACCACAAUUGUCAUUAGUAUUGAAGCACAUUGUCGAAGAGAAACGCUGAAGGCAUAUAUGAGUCUAUGAACACAUGAUCGAGGAAAUUCACAAACAGAUACAUUAAAAGGUUAAACAUCUAAUUUUUGUUGGUUUGUUCGUUACCGUUAAUCUUAAUAUAAGAACCCUUCUCCUCAUUGCUUUCAGGUAAUCCAUUUUCUAGUUUUCUGAAUCGCUGUUAUUCUUCGAUAGAGUUUAAAUUAUUGAAAGAAAGACUGUUUUUAGGGAAGAUUUUUGCAAUAUAUAUAUAUUUUUUUUUGAGUUUGCGAGGUUGUUCCUUAAUAAUAUUCAAAAACAUUUUGUUCAAAAAAAACAAAUAUACAAAAACCCGAAAGACUCGGAAAACAUACUAGUGGGAUGUUAAAAUGCUUUUUCUUAAAGUAAAUGGGAACUGUACUUUUCGAGGUCAAAUGUUGUUUUGAACGUAUAAGCAUGACUUAGAUCCAGUCUCGUUGUUUUUAUCCAUAACGUUGUCUGUUAUCAUUGACUUACAACGUAAAUCCCAUUUUUGUACCAAUAUUAACAUGUGCGGUUUUGAGCGAGUCUCACUCUUCUCCUUUUUUUGGUCUCAACUUGUCGUUAUGUUACUUUUGAUUCAUCCAUCCAUAUAAGUGUUUCACUAAAAAUUUGUGGAAUAAUAAUUAAUUUUUGUAUGAUUUGCUUUUUGCAGAAGAAGUGAUAAGACGGAUAUUAUUGGAGAUGAAUUUCACAGAAUCGAUGAACGUUGUGCACAGUAGAAUCCAACAACUUGAACCUGAAAAUGCAUCAAAAAUCAUCGGUUAUCUCUUGAUGCAAGACCAUGGGGACCUUGACAUGAUCCGUCUCGCCUUCUGUCCAGAUUCUGUGAUGCAUUCCAUGAUCAACUUCGUGAAAUACGAAUUAGCUAAAGAUCCUCGUUACAACAGCCCUCCUUCUGAUCACGCUCCUACGCUUAGUUUCGGAUCAUUCACUGGUUCAUCUAUCCAGCCUCCCUCCGUUUCGGUUUCUCCUCCUCUGAGAACCGGUUAUUGGGAGAACUCAACCGAGGUGGAUUCGUUGCAUAGCAAUGUUCAGUUCUUGAACUUUGAGGAUUCUAUGACGAGCCCUGAGUUCUCUAAUGGCUUCUUCUCUCGAGAUCAUCAAUGCUUGCCUUUAAGAACAAGCAGGAGAUCACCAAGUUUACCCGAGUUUCCAGUAAAAAUAUGUCAUUACUUCAACAAAGGGUACUGCAAACAUGGCCACAACUGCCGGUAUUUCCACGGGCAGAUCAUACCGGAGAGAGAGGGUUUCUCUCAGAUGUUUAAUCCAAACAACUUAAGUGAUGAAGAACAUGUUGUUUCUCCCGGAUCACUUGAGAAACUAGAAGGAGAGAUCAUCGAGCUGCUCAAAUCGAGAAGAGGCGCUCCAAUUUCCAUUGCUUCUUUGCCAAUGAUGUACUAUGAAAAAUACGCAAGGACCCUUCAAGCUGAAGGAUAUCUCACAGAGUCACAAAGACAUGGCAAAGCUGGCUAUAGCCUCACCAAGCUUCUUGCUCGCUUGAACAACACAAUCCGCCUCAUCGAUAGGCCUCAUGGUCAACAUUCGGUCAUAUUAGCAGAAGAUGUAUCGAAGUUUGUGGAAUACAUGGGAGAGAGAAACGAACAUGGAGCCAUCCUUCCUGGUUCCAGGCAGAUUUACUUGACCUUUCCGGCAGAGAGUAGUUUCACUGAACAUGAUGUCUCAAACUACUUCUCUAAAUUCGGACAUGUUGAAGAUGUGAGGAUUCCUUGUCAACAGAAGAGAAUGUUUGGAUUUGUAACAUUUGUUUACACAGAAACCGUCAAACUCAUUCUCGUUAAAGGCAAUCCUCAUUUCAUAUGCGGGGCCCGUGUUCUCGUCAAGCCUUACCGGGAAAAAUCACGCUCUAGUCGAUACCUUGACAACAACAAGCCUCUUCACAGGAUGCGGUAUGGCUCUCAAUACAUUGACAGAGACUUGGAGAUGAACACAUUGCCACCACGAGUUAGCGAGAGCUCAAGACUACUGAGGAAGCAGUUUCUUGAGGAACAUGAGCAAUCAGUUUCGAAGUCUUUACCUACCAAUUACUCUUAUCUUGGCUUCUCCGAUGACUUCAGGACAACAUCAGAUGCGGAGCAAGAGGAACAAGUAGGACGGUUGUGCUAUCUGCUGGACUAUUUGAACACUGAAGAAAAUGUCAUGAACAUAACCACAAACUACAAAGACACUGAUCGGAGAAUCCAUUGUGAUCCUUUGGACAACCAAGUCUUGAACUUACCAGAGAGUCCUUUUUCUUCCCUUUCUGGGAAGGAGAUUUCGACAGUUACCUAGAGAUGAAGAGAUUAAUAACUAACCAAAAGGGAGAAGAAGAUAGGAACAUAAAGGUUAGAGGAAAUUCCCAAAUAUCUAAUAAUCAUCCAGUCGGCAAAAAGAGUCUUCUUUAUAUUCUUCUUGCCUGGAAACCUUAGCAUCAUUAGCAAUAAUAACGCCUAAGUGAUAAAAAAAGAAGAAGAGAGGUGACAGACACUUUCGUUACUACAGCAUGCGCCUAGCAGAGGGACAUAAAAGUACAGGGGUUUCAUUAAUAAUUGAAAUCUGUCAAAAGGUUUACUUUUC